AUGGCAUCACUUCAUGAUGUUCGUAUGUCACCGAAGGUAAUGGUUCCGGAGUAUAAUUUCCCAAUCGAUUAUCUCAAGCCAACUGCAACGGCCGAGCAGCUGGAUAGCCUUUAUUUCCGUGAAAGGGAUGGCCCAACGCAAGUACAGCCGGAGUUGGGAGAGAAUAUCGUUUAUGAGCUGUGUCAGCUGGAUGCAAGCCUGGAGGAGUUGUUCCGUGAGGGCAAUGCCGAUUUCACUACUCACCAACAAAUUCACAAGUUUCGCUUACGUGUGUCGCGAAGAAUAAGUGCAUUCGGUGGCAUCCUUAGGAAACUUCUUCUACACAGCGAGGAAUCAGCUUCAGCCAACAGUUUGAAGUUUCAGAGUCUGCAUCGAUUUUAUGUGGGACGUCUAAUGCGUCACAAGAAUAAGCUGAGUGGUUGGUGGUCAAGGAAUGAGCGACGUUAUCACACAAUGUGCCUGUCAUCGUUCGUCUCCCAGGCUGGUGCGGCAACCGAAUUAGCGACAGAACAGGACGAUGUGGGUGACAUGUGCAUAAGUUCCGGCGUUGAGGGGGAUGAAUCUGAGGUAGUGCUCCAAUUGAAAGCAACGCGAAACAUGAUGCUGAAUCAAAUAAGCCAGAUGAGCGCCACUGAGUCGUCUAUGCUAAAGUCGUCGAAUUACAUUGUACGUCAGGAGAAAAUACUUUCUGCAUUGAAACAACGCUUCGGAUCGGCUACUAGAUUGCUUGGAAGUUUAAGGCGAAAGACGCUCAAUCGUUACGGAACUGUGCGGUUGUGUUACUUUACUUUCCUGGGCAUGUGCCUUUUCAUUAUAUUGCGUCGCUUUCGCGUGUUCAAGCUCGCGUUUAACGUAAGUUGCGUCACGUACGUGCUGACGUUUUCAGUUAACGAGAUUCUGCAUUCGUGCGCCGCUAUAUUUAUUGCGGCUGAAUAA